GCUACGUCCAAAUCCACGUAGAGAACACUAGGCAACGUGUUGUGCGUAGCGUGACCCUAGUGCUGGUCCAGACAACAACGGUCUACAAGCCCCGCCAUCCGAAGUCGCAGAAGGUCGGUAUAGUGGAGUCUAGCAAGUACUCUGAGUCCGUCGUCGUCCGGGAAGUGGCGGAGAGUCGAUUGGAGAUGGGAGAAUAUGGUGUCAAAGGACAUGCGAGUGCCAAAGGCUGGUGGAUUGGAGUAGCCGCAGAUGAGGAGAAAGACUUCUGUCAUUCUAUCAUGAUACCACAGGAUUGUUUAUCUGUCGCGAGGUCAAAACUUUUGGCCGUCGACUAUGCUAUUCGCGUCACGAUUUCAGGAUCUAGUGACGUCUCUGUCGCACUGCCAAUCAGGAUCGUCAAUAUGCUCUCCAUCGACUCACCGCCGUUACUCUGCGCGGGUGGAGCGGAUAAUCUCAACGUCGAUCAAUAUCGGUGCAUGAACGGCAUCGAUGUGCCCUCAAAAGGGCACUUCAACAUAGACGAAACAAAGGCUGGCGCCGGAACACUGCCCUCUUAUAGGACGAAAGCGCCUUCCCAGCUUGCCUACCAGACCCCGAUGUCUAUGGACGCCCAUGCUCGUCCUUAUUCGAACACAACGACAGAAAGCACAGCCUCCUCUCCAACCCUUGUACGCUCAUCUCCGAAACGAGUCACGUCGGACGAGAAACGAGCGCGACAUGAAGAGCUCGUCGUAACAAACCACUCUCCGACAUCUUCAUCUGAGCAUUUGUCGGAGGGAACUCGGAAUCACUCUCGUCUCUCUUCCACCGGAGAUCCAGAUUUGGAGGAGGGACCAGGCACGUCAAGAUUGACUCGAUUAUCGAGACGCACGGCAGAAGCUCGUACGGGUUCGCGUCUCACCGCCUCUUCGGCAUCAGAAGACGAGAUCGAUCGUCUUCUGCGUCAAACGAGGCAGGCACUAGAAGACGAUGAACCAUUACCAAGAAUUCAACUAGGAGACAUACCGCAGGAGGAAGAAAAUGACGACGUGACACCAAGACCGAGCAUCCUCCCUUCGUCUUCUUCAACGUGUUCACGGCCGCUGCCAUGUCUUCCCUCGACUUCGAGCAAUAUUCUCGACGUCUCAAUUCCCUCGCUCACCACUCAGCGCCGCGCCGUCGAGGCACUCUACGCGUCCCACGCCACCGGAACCUCGAACCUUAACUCAAAUCUCGAAACCGAAAUCAAAGUCGAAUCAUCCUUUGCGCGACGCGUUCGAGAAAAACUAUCCGCGUCUGGUCUUCCCAGCAGUACCGCUCGUAACCACCCCGGGCCUUCGGACACGCAUUGUCAGCCAGGGACGUUGGAUAACGGAUCCUCUCUUGAGGGUGGAUCAACGUUGACGAAGAUUCCAUCCACGAUACGCCGUCGAUUGCCGUCUCCCCCUUCUGAAAGACGCGCGACCGCCGCUUCAGCCGUUUCUGCUUUCGUCUCGUUUGGGGCGGCGGGGAGUGAACUCCGUCGUCACGCACCGACGACGGCAUCGACAUCAAACAUCGCAGUCAACCGUGACAGCGACCACGAUGUUUUGAGUUCGAACACUACAACUGUCGAUGGUUCCUCCCUCGCAUCUUUAUCCCCAUCGAGAACAAGAAACACAGAGGAGUUGCCAAAACCUGCCUGGACCAGCGCACAGGCUAGCCUGACUGAUGGGUCGGGUAGUUCUGCUUCAAGUUCUUCUUCCGACUCGGCGUCCAACACAGGCCGAAGUUUGACAAGCUCGCGUUCAAGUUCACGUACGGAUGAUUGCCAUCAUCAUCCAAGCCAGUACGAUCACGGCAAGCGUGCGACUCAGGCCGGCAGGGGUGGCGUGUCCUGUUCAACCCCUCUGGGAUGUUAUGAUCCUGAUGAUGCUUUUGAUGAAGAAGAUGAUUUUAAUCGUACGGAAUCACGGCCUUCAUCAUCAGCUUCAUCACCGCCUGCAGAUACAGCUCAGGGCGAGGUGGCGGUGUCGGAUCUCCCCGCCUCUCAUAACGAACUGGAUAUGGAUACGGACCAUGGUUCAUUGAUAUCUCCUUCGUCAUCGUACCGACUCGGAGACAUAGCCCCUUCGAACCGACCGGCACACUCACACCCAUCUGAUACCACUGCAAUAGAAGGACACAAACGCCGCAACCGAUUCUUCCCUCGUGAACAGGAACAACCACGCACGCCCGAUUCGGCCGGGGUGCCCAAGCACACUGCUCCCAUUUUCCCUCCUCCUCCCACAUCUACGGCUACGGACGGUUCACACCUCGCUCUCAAUAGCACUCUCAGGCUCGCGCAGCCCGCCUCCAUCAGCGCGACUCGAUCUCAGUCCCAACCCCAACCACAAACUGCCGCAGUCGAAUCAUCACUCUCGACGUCUCCUCGGAGUAGAACUGGCGGAUCGAGGAUCCCCAUGAUUCGGUCUCGUACCGAUGGAGAUGCUCUCACUGGUGGUGGUGGUGGUACUACUAAUGGCACCUCGAGUCCGGGACCCAGACGGUUCCCCAAGCCCAAGUCGGUUAAUUCGCCUAGGGUUAAUACGGGCGAGGUAUUGAAGGCGAGGUUGUUGGCUGGAUCUACGGCGAGUCCGGGUGCUGGGCUUGGGGGUGCCUCGGGGAGGGGACUUUCGGCGAAGAGGACGGCUGAGGAGGACGACGCUGGUGCUGGUGAUGCUGCGGUGGUCCGGUCGUCGGUGAAGGACAGAGUGAGGAUGUUCGAGCAGCAGAUGAAUGUGUAGAU